CUGGAAAAGUUUAACAACAGCUCCAUCUGCUGUAGUGACUCUGCUGUGGAGUCUUGUCAUUCAGAAUGAAAUAAGGUCUCUUCCUUUCUUCCUGGAGAAACUCACGCGCAGUUCUGUCUCAUUCCCGCGAAACGAGGAAGUACACCUGUGCCUUUACUGCGAUGACGCGGUCCCAACGUUAUUAAUAUCGUAGCCUAAAUCUAGUUAAGUUUUUUAUUUAAUCAAAUGCUGUAUACAUGUGACGCUGUAGGAUACUGUGUUUUACUACCUCGACGUUAAAUUUCCGAAAACUACAACGACAACGAGUAUUUCCUCCUCCAAUCUCCGACUUUAACUCCGUCAGGUGUUACUCUCGGUUUAAUUUCUGUCGGUAAAGGCGUUGUUUUUGACAGUUGAUCAACUUCAGCUUUUAUCUCCACAUAAAAUGCAUUAUUAUCUCAGAAGGACAGCGCAGUAAAUGAAUUAUUUUUGGAUGACAGUGAUUUUGCUCAUGACUGGUGCAUCCGCUGUGAAGAUAGAUGUUUCAGUGAUGGAGGGAGAUUCAGUCACUCUACACACUGAUGUUACAAAAACCAAAGACAACAAAGUGCAAUGGUAUUAUAAUGGUGUUCGCAUCGCUCGAAUCACUGGAGAUCCCAGUAAGACCUGCACAGAUGUUCAGUGUAAUGAAGAUACUGAGAGAUUCAGAGACAGACUGCAUCUGGAUCAUCAGACUGGAUCUCUGACCAUCAUGAACAUCACAAACACUGACUCUGGAUUUUAUAAACUGCAGAUAAUCAUCACCGGCAGCAGCAGCAGUGACAAGAUCUUCAAUGUUACUGUCCAUGUUGCAUCUGGAGCUGGUGCAGAUGGAGAGUCAGUGUCUGUGAUGGAGGGAGAUUCAGUCACACUAUACACUGGUGUUAAAACAAACCAACAAGAAGAUAUAAAAUGGUAUUUUUAUGACACUCGCAUCGCUCAAAUCACUGGAGAUCUCAGUCAUAUCUGUACAGAUGUUCAGUGUAAUGAAGGCACUGAGAGAUUCAGAGACAGACUGAAGCUGGAUCAUCAGACUGGAUCUCUGACCAUCAUGAACAUCACAAACACAGACUCUGGACUUUAUGAAUUAAAGAUCAUCAGCUUCAGAAGAAGCAGUGAAAAGACCUUUAGUGUUACUUUUCAUGAUGUUCCUGCUGCUGAACGAGAUGAGAUGAAGAGAAAGUCAGUGAAGGAGGGAGAAUCUGUCAAAUUAGUUCCUGUUGUAGUAAAAAACCCAAAUGAUUUGAUGAAGUGGUAUUUUAAUGACAGUUGCAUUGCUGUUGUCAACGGAGAUCAGAGUAAGAUCUGUACAGAUGUUCAGUGGGAUGAGAGACUGAAGCUGGAUCAUCAGACUGGAUCUCUGACCAUCAUGAACACCAGAACCACAGACUCUGGAGAAUAUCAACUACAGAUCAACAGCAGCAGAUUCAGCAUCAUAAAGAGCUUUAGUAUUUAUGUCACUGGUGUUCCUGCUGUUGAACGAGAUGAAGUGACAAAGUCAGUGAAGGAGGGAGAAUCUGUCACUUUGGAUCCUGCCGUAGGAAGAAAAGCAUAUAAUGUGAUGACAUGGUAUUUUAAUGACAUUGUCAUCACUGAAAUCACUGGAGAUCAGAGUAAGAUCUGUUCAGAUGAUGAGUGUAAAGAGAGAUUCAGAGACAGACUGAAGCUGGAUCAUCAGACUGGAUCUCUGACCAUCAUGAACACCAGAAACACAGACUCUGGAGAAUAUAAACUAGUGAUAGUCAGCAGCAGAUUCAGUAUUCACCGUCGUCGUCGUAGUAUUGGUGUCACCAGUGUUAAAAGAUUCAGUGUUUCAGUCAUUGAAUUAGGUUUGUCUUCUGGGGCUAUUGCAGGAAUAGUUCUUGCUGGUCUGUUUGUGGCUGCUGUUGCUGUGGUUUACAUGAACAGAAUACGGUCUCAGAGAGUAAGUAUUACAGUUGAUUUAACAAGAUAUGUGAUUUAA